UUCUGUCCACGUGGUCAGUGUUUGACAAAAGUCAGCAUCGAUCCUCACGGACUUACUAACCGGAUUGAAGUUCACCGGGUCAGUCAAGUCUCGCCCCGAUUCACCUUGACUCCGGUCUGUCGAUGUCCGCCACAUUUUACCGGUUUACGCUGUGAUAUCCCGAUGGAUGGCUGUGCUCUGGCCAAAUGCCCGUCACCUCGGAUUUGUGUGCCAGAAGGCAACCUGGAUAGUCAUUUGUGCCUUUGUCCACCCCCGCGAACUGGACCAAAUUGUGAAUCUGUGGAACCGAUCGGGUCCAAAGAUGCUUGCUUCUCCGUCGAAUGUUUCCGUGAGCGAGAGAAUGGCGCACUACAGUUUGGCGGUGGUUCAUUUAUUCACUGGGAGCUCCUCCGUUCCAGUCCGUUCUAUCUCGAACUGAACUUUGAGAUGCGCACACGACAAACAACCGGACCGGUGAUUGCAAUUCGUUGGAGCGCUCUGCGUGCAUUUCAGCUCCGUCUGGCCAGUGGCGGCCGUUUAGUUGUUUCAUCUACCGGUCUGUCGGAUGGAUUGGCUUCCACCGACUGGCUUAUCUCAGCUGAGCCAAUCUCGGAUGGACACUGGCAUCGAAUUCGCGUGAUUCUGACCGCAACCGAGGGGAUGUCCGGAACGGACGACCAUGACGCUCUGUUUUUCCGACCGUUCGAAGAUUCAGAGACCUCUAACUCUCCUCGCAUCCCGUCCGGUCGGACCGGCACUGGUGGUGGUCACUGGUGGAUUGAGCUGACCGUGAACGGAAUUCAUCCACGUUCGGCCUCCAUCGACUGGGCUCCGGGUGACCCGGUUCAACAGGGGAUCUUAUUUGGCGCUGACCUCGUCGAUGGUUUUCGUCCACUUUCUGUCCAUCCUUCACCAGACUCGGCUCCCAUCCUGGGACGUUUGACACGUGCUGGACACUAUGGCCCCAAUGGAACGAAUGAGGAUGAGUUCCCUGUCAUGCGAUCCGGUCUUGUUGGUUGCUUGCGAAAUGUUCGUCUCAAUCAGCAAAAGCCGCCAUAUCAAGUCAACUAUCCGACAGCGUUUUCCACUCUUCAAUGGGAUCACUUCAGCUCCGCAUCGAAUCACGUCGGUACACCGAUCCUUGCACGUAUGCAUCAGCUCACCUACGGUUGUGAUCCGAGCACGACAGUGUCCGGUUCUUGCAGUGCCGGCCCUUGUCUACACGGGGGCAUGUGCAGUCCAAAACCCGGUUCAACCAGCCCGUAUACAUGUCAAUGUCCGCCGCUAUUCCACGGUCAUCAUUGCGAACGGACCAGUGAUGCGUGUCUGCUCAAGCCUUGUCAAAACGGGGGCAGGUCAGUCGGAACACAUAAGGACUGA